AUGAUUGAAGAUAAUCCACAUUGGAUAAAUGAGCGAUUAAAUCCGAUGUGUCGUGUAUUUGACCGUAUGUGUUGGGCUUUUAAGCAAUCGAUUGAGGGAUUUAAACAUUGUCGACCUGUAAUCUCAAUCGAUGGGACAUUCCUAUAUGAAAAAUACACCGGGUGUAUACUGUGUGCAACCGCACUCGAUGGAAAUAAUCAACUAUUUCCAUUAGCUUUUGCCAUUAUUGAUAAAGAGGAUGGUGACAAUUGGUCGUUGUUUAUGGAUUGCUUGAGGAUCUUUGUGACCAAUCGAGAAGAUUUGUGUGUAAUUUCAUAUCGUCAUGCUGGAAUUCUUAAGGCAAUGCAGAAAGAUUGGUGGAAACCUCCAGCUGGUCAUCACCGUUACUGCAUCAGACAUGUUUUGAAUAAUUACAAUAAAACAUUCAAAAAUGCAUUAAUAAAGGAAGCAUUGCGCAAGGCAGCCAAUGAAAACCAGAAGAGAAAGUUUUACGAGGCAAUGAACAAUAUUACAGAGGUGCACCCUGAAUCAUAUGAUUGGGCAGUGAAGAUAAAUUUAGAGAAAUGGACGAGAUCACAUGAUGGUGGACAGAGGUAUGGCGUGAUGACAACAAACAUGGCUGAAUCCCUUAAUGGCAUGAUGAAAGGAUUUCGGGCGUUGCCUAUAACGGCAAUGGUUGAAAAAAAAAUUUUCCAGUGUGUCCAUUAUUUUGAUACGCGGAGAACAACUUUUUUAGAACAACAAAGCAAGGGCUAUGUUUUCAGUCAGUUUUGCAGUGAAACUCUGCGUGCUAACGCAAUUAAGGCGAAUGGACAUAGAGUUAGACGGUUCAACAGUCAGACCAUGGUUUGCGAAAUAAUUACUGCAAAUGGUAGGCAAAAGCAAGUGGUCAAACUCAUGGAUCAAACAUGCACAUGUGACAAAUUUGAGGAGAUAAGGAUACCAUGUUCACAUGCUAUUACUGCAUGCAUGUCACAUUCAAUUGACUACGAACAAUUUGUAUCUGACUAUUAUAAAUUGGAUCGUACUAUCCAAUGUUACGCGUACACAUUCCAUCAUCUUGGACAUCCUGACUAUUGGCCUGCAACAGAUGGACUUCCUCUUGUUCCUGACAUUUCUAGAAUAAGAAAGAAGGACCGGCCGAGGUCUUCUAGAAUACGUAAUGAGAUGGACUGGAAGUCAAACAAAAUAAAAGAAACGUUGAGAGUCCGUUAUUCCAUAUGUGGCAGGGUGGGGCACAAUAAGAAAACUUGUAUGGGUGGGGAAUCAAGCAGAUAA